UUCUGUGAUGUACUUGUAUGUGAUCCACUGAUUCCAUACUUUAGGAGGAUUCUAUAAUAAUCCUGGAUUCUAUUAUAAUGUCUACCUUCCCUAUCCCAGUUACAUUGCCAUUCCUUUAUAAUAUUUCGACACACUGUUUCCCUUUUUUAAUACUGUAAAGCUGCUUUGACACAAUCUGCAUUGUAAAAAAGCGCUAUAUAUAUACAACAGCGACUUGACUUGACUUAUAUCCUGCAUCUCCUGCAGCUCAUCCAAGGAAAAGGCUCGUGACGUCGCCAGCAGCUGGAGCCGGAUAUCCGCCACGACCGGAUAAAUCCCAUAUUUGGGCAUUCUUAGCAGGAGCAAUGGCAGCUUACAUUGUGUGCGAACGGCUAGCUUGACGCUGAUUGUGUAGUGUAAACGAUCGAUUUUUAGAAUUUUCAACCCAUGAUCGAGACGGAUGAGUGGCGGAUUGGAACGUAUAUAUUUUUGAAAAUGUCAAAAACCAAGUGCUAGCGACCGCUCCGUCAAACCACCACCAAGCCGAAACCACUUCGCACGGCGUUAGCAUCCCCCACAUCGUUUGCGUAUUUUCUCGCUAUUCGCAACUCCCCUGACUCUCACCCGGUAUCAGUCGCUCUCCAUGCCCGAGGAUGAACAGCUUCUCCCUCGGCGAGUUGUGCUGGCUCUUCUGCUGCCCGCCGUGUCCGAGUCGCAUCGCGGCUAAGCUGGCGUUCUUGCCGCCUGAGCCCACCUACUCCGUCCACACAGACGCGAGCGGCGCGACGAGCCUGCAUCUCACCGAGCGCGCCGACUGGCAGUACUCCCAGCGCGAGCUGGACGCCGUCGAGGUGCUGGUGACCCGAACCAGCCGCGGAAACCGGGUCGGCUGCAUGUUCGUCCGCUGCGCGCCCGCUAGCCGCUACACGCUGCUGUUCUCCCACGGGAACGCCGUGGAUCUGGGCCAGAUGUGCAGCUUCUACAUCGGACUCGGCUCCAGGAUCAACUGCAACGUGUUCUCCUAUGAUUACUCGGGUUACGGGGUCAGUACCGGGAAACCGUCCGAGAAGAACCUAUACGCUGAUAUCGAAGCGGCCUGGCAGGUGCUGAGGAACAACAGGUGCUGAUACCGAUAUCUAAAGCAGGGUGGCUGAUAAAAUGCCAAUGUGAAUCAAUUUAAUGAUAACAAAUUAGUUGUAAACAACCUU